GUCAGUUAACCAAGUACUUGGACAGAAUUUUUUCAAGAAAUAAGUAAGGAAAAUGAGUAUGUGUGAGACUGGGAUCGCACAAGCUUAUGUCAUUGGGAUGGUUUGGAUAUCUGUUCUACAAACGAUACCAGGAGCACCUCUAUCACGCGAAAUUGGCGUGACAGUCACGUGCACGCCAACAUCCAUACGCGUAGAGCUGUCACGCAAAGUAUACCCUCGUCUUCAGGCCUCCCACAUCCGAAUGCUCGCUAGCGACGCGAGCUGUCAACCACGACAAAACAAGACUCACUUCACCCUGGAGAGCCCGCUGGACAGCUGCGGUACUGCGCAUGCGUAUGAGUACGGGAUGCACGUGUUCAGCAACGUGGUUCAGCCGGGGACUGGGUCGAGUAUAGGGAUCAAGUGCAAAUAUCCCAUGUACCAGCUGAGAGGGUUGGUAGACAGAGGUCUGCUCGGAGAAGUGGCCGGGCAAAAUAUUCUAGCACUAAGCGCUCCGCAUGAGAUAACCGACACCCAUUCCAUCCACAUCAAUGAAAUCAUCCAGUCUGAUGUUCCCGACAUCAAGGAUAAGACGGCCCCAGUUGUCCUCGCCUUUUACCACGACGCUAAUUUCUCAACCAAGCUAUCACCCAGAUCGGUGGUACCCCUGUGGAACGAUACCAUACCGUUGUACCUGCUGCUGCGACUUGUGGGCUCUGGCUGGAAAGCUCAAAUAAAGCGUUGUACUCUUAGAGUUUGCGACAAACACAACAUGAAAUGCCAAGAAGAGACAAUCAUGGAUCAAGGGUGCUGGGAUGAAGAAAAGGUUCAAGUUCUCCUCAACUCGACAAACGUCACGCGGUUUGUUGUGCAAGCCGCGACCCAUGUCGCCGCAAUCAUCACAAUACAAGCUACAUGCUCCCUAAGCGCCUGGAACGAGACAUCUACAGGGACCUGGAACGAGACCUCAUCAAAGGCCUGGAACGAGACCUUGAAAAAAGCCUGGAACGAGAACUCAUCAAAGGCCUGGAACGAGACUUCACUAACGGCUUGGAGCGAAAAUGUAACGGCCUUGAACAAGAGUGCGACGGGGGCCUGGAACGAGCCCUCAACGAGCACGUGGAAUGAGAAUUUAACUAUGGCCGGGGAAGCAGUUUUAAAAAGGACAUGGAACGAAAGUUCUACGAGGGCCUGGAAGGAUACCUUAGUUUCAGAUUGGAACAUGACCGUUACUGGGACCUCGCACGAGAACAUUACAAAUGUCUGGGACGAGGAACAAAUCCAGCGGCGCAAAAGUGACCCAACUAACAGUAUCCAACUCACUAAUCGCUUGACCCCCACGCGCCGUCCAGACUGCAGAUGCUCAAACCGCAACCAUAGUAGAACAAGUCAAUACGGGAACAUCACUCUUUCUGGUAUCCAUGGUAACAGUAGCCAGGGCAACAACAGCAACUGGGAGUUUCUGAAUAACUCAACAGAUCACCUGAACACGACUUUGCUGAACUGCACUUGUGAUGACGUUGCCACGGUAACAAGACCAAAAAAGUGCUUGGUGCGUGACCAUAGGACAGACUCCGCUGACAGAGACCUGAAGGCUCAGACGGAAAUAUUGUCGCUCUUCUCGGUUGGUCAGUGGAAGAAUGGGUCGAUUCUUGCAGCUGACGUCAUACUUAAUGACACCAACAUCACCUUAAACUACACUAAGCCAAAAGCAAUUUUGUACGCCAAGCCUCGACUCCAGGCGGUGCUAGAGAAGGAGGCGUGGCUAUACGCGAUGCUCAUACUCCUACUCGUACCAGUCCUCGCUCUCUUUUCCUGGCGAAGACGACGGCGCAUGCGUAGAUUGAAGGACCGUGCAUCCCGCGAGUGCGGGAUAUUUAACGCGGGACUGGUGAUGGAGGACGAAGCUGAUAUCACGUGAUAAAAAGAAGAGAGGGACUGAGACUCGUAAAUGCACGAGAAUGCAUCGCAACGUUCAUGAAA